AACCCUCUCUUUACGUCUUGCACGUGGAAAUUAUUGGAGUACUGGUUCAGCGCUGAUCAGUUUUGCUCGAUAUAAAUUGGUUAUCUCGACCAGUACGAAGGAUCAAUCAUGGCGACGACCAAGGUCGAUAAUCCCGAGAAACCGGGACAGGAGGUCACUCCCAUUCAUCGAAUCCGUAUCACUCUCACGUCGCGCAACGUUCGGUCCCUCGAGAAAGUGUGCGCGGAAUUGAUCAAUGGAGCAAAGAAGCAAAAAUUGAAGGUGAAAGGACCUGUUCGCAUGCCAACGAAGAUCCUGCGAAUAACGACCCGCAAAACACCUUGCGGCGAGGGUUCGAAGACCUGGGAUCGCUUCCAGAUGCGAAUUCACAAGAGAGUGAUCGAUUUGUAUUCGCCGUCUGAGAUUGUGAAACAAAUCACGAGCAUCUCCAUCGAGCCUGGCGUAGAGGUGGAAGUGACGAUUGCUAAUGAAUAAACGAUGUCAUUAAAACUACAGUUUUAAUAAAAAAUACAGUUUUAAUAAAAACUUCAAACGUAUAUUGAUA